GCCGGUCGGCUUCGCUAAUGCGGAAAAGGCGGUUCCUCCUAGUUGUCUCUCCCACGGCAAGGCUGCACGCAUCCCACAACACGGACGUCAUGGCGAAGGUCCAAGAGAAAGGCGUGGUUUCGGUGCCCGAGCUUGUGUGCUGCGAGGAAGCCACCGCGAGGACUCCGAGGAACAUAAUAAAAAACGUGGUUACCGUGAGCUUCGGCUUCUUGUUGCUCUUCACAGCGUUCCAGUCGGUGUCCAACCUGCAGAGCAGCAUAAACUCGGUUCAGGGCCUGGGAACAUACACGAUGGCAACCAUCUACAUCGCGCUCGUGAUUUCAUGCAUGUUUGUGCCGACGCUCAUGAUCCGCAAGCUGAGCCUUAAGACCACGCUGGUCGUGUCCAUGUCCAUGUACGUAUUCUACUUCGUUGCCAACUUCUACCCGACCUGGGCGACCCUUAUCCCGGCCUCCAUCGUGAUGGGUCUGGGAGGCGCGCCCCUUUGGACCGCCAAGUGCGCGUAUCUGACUACCAUGGCCAACGACUAUGCGGCCCAGACUCGCCAGAAACCGGUCGACGUGGUGACCCGCUUCUUCGGGCUCUUCUUCAUGAUCUUCCAGACGGCCCAAAUUUGGGGGAACCUCAUCUCAUACUACGUGCUCAGGCCGGCCGGCAGACCGGCCAACGUCAGCGUGAACAUUGAUAGCUGCGGGAUUCGUUUCGUGACGGCCGAGGACGACGCAGACAAUGAGAACCUGCAACCGCCGGACAGCGCCAAAAUUUACACGCUCAUGGGCAUCUACACGGCGUGCUCGCUGCUCUCGGGGCUCAGCGUGCUGAUUCUGUUGGACCCGCUUGCGCCGCCGUCCAGGCUUGCCUCAAAAAAGCCGGCAUCGCUGCUCGUGGAGACGCUGAGGCACCUGCGCAAGCCAUACCAGUGGGCCAUCCUGCCGCUCACUGUCUACAGCGGCAUCCAGCAGGCUUUUCUCAUCGCUGACUUCACGCAGGCUUACGUGAGCUGCGCUCUUGGUAUUCAUUACGUGGGCUUCAUCAUGAUCACUUUUGGUCUGGCUGAUGCUGUCUUUUCGAUGGCGUUUGGCACCAUCAUAAAUCUCGUCGGCAGGAUACCCAUAUUUCUUCUCGGUGCUGCUGUUAACGGCGCUGUAAUAGUUGUUCUUUGUGUGUGGAAACCCACGCCGAACGAGUUCUACGUUUUCUUUCUCAUUGCCGGCUGUUGGGGCCUAGGUGACGCUGUCUGGCAAACGCAAGUCAAUGGUGAGCUGAACUGCAUGUCAAUACGAAAAAAAAAGGAGCUGUUCGUUUACAAGGCAACGAGGUUGUGUUACUCCUAGCACUUGAUGACGUGGCUACUUUCUUGCUCUCUAUUUGCUGUCUGAACACCCCAACGGAUAAUAGAUUCCACAUUUGUGGAAUAAUAUUAGCUAAUUGCGGCUGAUAAAAUAUACGUGCAUUGUAAUUAAUGAUCCUGGAGAUAAGAACGGAGGUACCGUCCAUCCUAAGUAGUUUCUGCUUAGCCGUUCUAUUCUUAAGUAAAAGUGUCAACGACCGUUCUAUUAAUCGGGAUGACAGGAGGCGAACAAUUUUAGAUUAGGUCUGUGUUCUAGAACAAUCGAAUCGUAACGUUCAGCGUGAUGCCUUACUGCAGCGAAGGACAUUCUCUGAGGUCGCAGUCGUUUUGUGUUGAUCAUGCUGCCAUUGCAAUUGACAACUACAAGACCUUCAAACAACCCCUAAUCACAGUGUGCUUAUGCACAAAUUUACUUCAUUACGCUUCGGCUAGCUUGGACAUGCCAUUCGACCUAACAGGCUCUGUUUUAACGUGUCUGUUAUUUAGAGCCAGAAGUAAAGACAGCGCAGAGCAAUACUGUAUUUUGAUGUGGGUUCUUAUCCAUUGUUGGUCACAGUAAAAGUAAAUAAUGCGCAUGACGCACACAAGACGGGAAGCUCGCAAAGAACGUCAAGCUUCGCAAGUGUAGAAUCACAUCGCUACUCACGCUUGGGAAGCGUGAUGAAACUGGUCGAUGAAAAAGCAUGCAUGAAGUAAGCGUGCAAGUGUCUCCAUAUCACGCUUUCCGAACUCUAGGCGAGGCAAAAUUAACGCAAGGAAGCCUGUUUGCUGUGUGUGACGAAAACUAAGCGUGUAAAAGAUGCGUGCAAAAAGUGCCCCUAAUUCACGCUGGCUCAGCGUUAUGACAUUAAGAGUUUUUUUUUUAUUCGUCGUUUGGAAUAUGGUGCGGUUAUAGCUUCAUUUUGAUCAUCUCAAUUGUAUACUGUUUUGCUUAACGAGUGGCGUAUUAUCUAAAGCAGCAGUUUGUGUUUUCAGUGCCCAAAACAUGUGAUUUUGCCUUUCUUAAUUCCAGCCUUCUAUGGCACGGUGUUCACGGAGGACGAGGAAGCUGCCUUCGCCAAUUACCGGCUGUGGGAGUCUUUUGGGUUCAUCAUUGCGUUCGUCAU